AUGGCCUCGACCACGGCAUCUACAAGGUUUUAUGGAACCCUUGGUUCUCUUCUCCGUUUGGGCUUGUUUGGCGAGAGCCGAAAUGUGAUGUGCGCUUUUUGUUUUGGUGGAUUCACGAAGGCUAUAAUGGUGGGAAAGGUGGGUCAAGAGCCUGUGCAGAAGCGGCUGCGGAGUGGGAAGACCGUCGUGCUGUUCUCGCUGGGCACCGGCGGCAUCCGCAACAACCGCCGCCCGUUGGACAACGAGGAGCCGCACCAGUACGCGGAACGCAGCUCCGUGCAGUGGCACCGCGUAUGCAUCUACCCAGACAGGCUGGGUAGCCUCGCGCUGAAGCAUGUCAAGACCGGUUGGAAACUGAAUAUGCGUCCUGUUGGUUGUAGAUUUGAAUUUGCAUAUUGGCCAAGUGGCAACAUGGAAAUAUUGAGACAAAGGUGUUCUCCGAUCCUAUAA